GUCGAAACUACACCGCAGGGAAGUCUUGUCGCGACAUAUUUAAGAGACAUAGCUCAAGCCGGAAUGGCAUCUACAAGAUCAAUAUCGGUAACAACACGUGGAAAACAAGAUGUAGAGGCUUUUCUAAAUGUGGGGAUGGAGUAUGGGAACUGGUAAUGAAAGUUAGCAAUGGGAAGAAUCUUUCCUACUAUGACUCACCUGUCUGGACCACUCAAGCUCGAUAUGGAUCAGUAGAGGAGGAAGGUGACCUAAAACUUCCUGGAUAUUGGCUCAGAAAUUUCACCAGAAUAUGUGUCGCCAUGACCUUUGGGGCAAACGCCUCAACCAAAUAUUCAACUAUGGUGGUAAACUACACUGCGCAGUCUCUUUACUCUGUAAUGAAUGAGAGUUUUACGAAGACAUGGCCAGUGAGUGCGUCCACCAUCACGACUCCACCAGGUAUCAACAAAAAUUGUUUGGUAAGAGGCCUCAACAUGCAAAGGUCCUCCCCAUGGGUGAUCGAGACACGUAUUGGAAUUCAGUCCACUAAGCGACCUUCUACGUGCCCAGAAUUGCCAUAUUUGGUGCGUGGUGUUGGUAUCGGCUUGAGUAAACGACCUAAAACGAGUUGUGGUGAUAUCAUCAUUAGUAGUAACAAUAAUUCACCACCACGAUAUUCUACACAAAUUUUUCCAGCUAUUUGCAAAAUCUACAUUCAGUAACUGUAACAGCUAAAGGUAGAGCAAAAGAUGAGCGGUGAAGUUUAGUAUGUAUUGCUGCAACGUUAGAAAGUAUUGAUGGUUUUCUCAUACUAGGUAGCUGUAACAAUUGAGAAUUAUCUAGGGUGUUUCAGGUACAUAAAGUUUGUGGAAAAAUUUUUUGAUGUCAAAACGAAUGUAACACGGUGAAAACAGCUGAUCAAAAGGUCACUUUUUGUUAGUUAAUUGUAAUAAAACUAUAUGUUAAAUAUA